CUGAAAGAAAAGAACGCUUUACAGUUGAGAAUCAAGUCACACGCUCACUUAAUGUUUUCACAAAAAUGAUCAUUCUAUUUUCAUCAGACUCCAUUGUUUACCUGGCGCUAUAACUUCCUCGUUUCUCGACGAACCAGCCUCCAUUCUGAAAAUGAAGAAUGUAUCAAGACUUUUUGCUUUAAAUGGAAUAUUAAACAACAAUAAUAGAUUACUUCAUCAACAAACAAGAGAUAAAAAUUCAGCAAAUUAUCAAAAUUCAAAAAAUACUUGGAAGGAAAAACAUCCUUAUAAACAAAUUCACCCUUGGAAAUCUGUCAACGAAUUUUCUGAAUUUCUAGUCCAAAAUGUGAUUUACAAUAAAGAUGGCUUGGUUGCUAUAAAUAAACCAUACGGAAUUGCUGCGAGAAAUCGAGACGACAAGGAUAGAAAGUCUCGGUAUUUACAAGAGAGUCUUAAUAAAAUUUCAAAUGAAGUUAAUUAUACAUUAACAAAUUCCUUACCAUACAUUGCCAAACACCUUGGCUAUGAAAAAUUAACACUGGUAAAAGCGCCUGAAAGAUAUAUGACUGGAGUUACAUUGCUUGCUGCUGAUAAAUCUGUCGAAGAUGCAAUAUUAUCAACCGAACAUCGAGCACUUACUUUAAAAAAACUUACAAAAUCUUAUUGGAUAGUUACAACUAGACCUUGUGAAGAAACAAUUGGAAAAAAGCAGUUAGGAUUAAAAUUAUUAAAAAGUCCUUGUAAAAAAUUCGAAAGGCCUGUAUUCGUUGAUACGUGGUCUAAAAUGGAUAUAAAAAGACAAGAUGUCAAAAUGAUAGAUAUCGAACAUAAACUAUUAUCAAAUUCAAAAAUGAAUCUUAGUUCUCUAAUUGAAAUGAAAGUCACAACAAGAAAGUAUCAUGCAAUAAGAUUAUUUGCAGCGACAAAAUUACAUAGUCCAGUACUUGGUGAUAAUAAUCAUGGAUCGAGAAUUCAAAAUAUCAUGGGUACAUGGAUGACAGUUAAUCCAUUUCUCGAUUCAGUUAGUCAACCACCAAUACUUAAUGAAAAACUUUUAAAAGCAUUAAAUUUAUCUGAAUUAAUGCAAAAUAUUAUCCCAGUACAUAUUCACUUAAGACAAGUUGAAUUACUCCACUAUUUAAAACGUGGAAAAAGUCUAAAUAUUCAAGCUCCAUUAUUUCCUGAAUUUUCCUGGACAUUUGAUACUCUUGGUUUUGAAUUAUCCAAUGAAACUGAAUCAAAUAAUGAAGUAAACGAAGAAGAGAGGCAGUUUGUACAGAAUUGUUAAUAAAUUUUUCAAAAAACAAAA